GGAGGAUCCGGGCUGCCUGAGCCCUGCCCUCGCUCUACUGCUCCGCAGUGCCCAGGCCAAGGGCCCGCGGAACUAGCCCUGCAGCCCGUGAAUGGUCACGGGGGGCUCUCGGUGCAGGGACCUGGGGGUCUGCAGCCUGGCUACGCUUCCCAAAGGGGUCUGCGCCGCCCCGUGAAUGUGUUUAGAGCUUUCGGGUCUUCCCCCAGCAGGCCCCGCUGUUUGGGCACUUGGGAGCAGCCCACGCGUGACACGGCACUUGCCGGACCUGGGCUGUAGCUCAUCCACCAUCCUGGCUCGGACAGCGGCCGGCAAAUGCUGCCGAAGAAGCUGCCACAACACGUGCAGGAAGCAGCGAUGGUCCGGUCCCGGCUGGAUUUCUCCAUGCGGCAGGUCCUGGUGCUGGGCCUGGAGGGAGCUGGGAAGAGCAGCGUUCUCCACUACAUCUCCAGCGAGGCAGCCAAGGACCGCACAGCUCCCACCCAGGGCUUCAACUCUGUCCAAGUGUACGCAGACGGCUUCCAGAUCGACCUGCUGGAACUUGGCGGCAGCCAGAACCUGCGAUUUUAUUGGAACCAGUACUUGAGUCAGGCCCAUGUGCUGGUGUUUGUAGUGGACUCUGCAGACAGGCCACAUCUUCCCACAGCUCGACAGGAGCUGCAUUGGCUGCUGGCUGAGGAUCCUCGGUUGCCUUUGGUCAUCCUGGCCAAUAAACAGGACAAGAGUGAUGCGCUGAGUGUGGCUGAACUGCACCGGGAGCUGGCCCUGCACAUGCUGAACGGACAGAGGGAGUUCUUCCUGCUGCCCACGAGCGCCACCCACGCCGCGCUGGCCACUGCCACCAGCAUCCGGCACGUGAAGAGUCUGCUGGUGGAACUGCUCUCCCAGCUCUGAUGUGCUCUUCACACCGUAAGGACGGGCAGGUUGGACUGACCCUGUGGCGCUGGACUGGAGACUGCUGACAGGCCAGAGCUGCUCUACUUCCAUGCUGCUAUCCCCCAUCGGGUUCUCUGUGCACCCCCUUGGGGCCUAUGCAAGCUGCCCUCAGCACGCAGCUAGCUGGCCCAGUCAUGGAGCUGUGGCGAGAGAACAACCUCUGUCCCCACGCAGUCCAAGGGCAGAGUCCCCCACCUCUAGAUGGGGCACAGUGAUGUUUACAAAUAUCCCCAACCCCCCACAGCAGGGGAAAUGGGCACCAUUCAGCCUGGUGCAUGUGGCACCAAAGGGGCCAUGCAGUUGCACAACUCAUAGACUCAGACUUUAAGGUCAGAAGGGACCAUUAUGAUCAUCUAGUCUGACCUCCUGCACAAUGCAG